CACACUGUUUACAUGGAGUUUGUGUUUAUACUGCACACUCGUAUGAUUACAGCAGCUGACUUAUCGAUCGUCUGAUAAAUAAUUUAGCUACUACUUGCUCAUUUUACAUAAGAAACAGUCGGCUAGAGGAAAGAAGUGUUGCACUGCAGAAAGGUUUCAGUCCGCACAGCUGCACAGAAAUGAUGAAGAAGGCAACAGCAUUGAUAUACGAUGAGGAGAUGACCAAAUACAAGCUGCUCUGGGUUGACCCUGUGUGUAAGAUCGAGGUUCCCGAGCGUCUGACUGUGAGUCAUGAAGCUCUGAUUAAGAGUGGUCUGGCUGAUCGCUGUGUCUCUGUACCAGUCCGUGAGGCGACCGAUGCAGACAUUCUGCUGGUUCACAGUGAGGAAUACUUGGAGGCAGUGAAGAAGACUCCCUACAUGACUUUGGAGGACCUGGAGGAGUUCACCUUGCAAUAUGGUGACGUCUACUUCCACCCGAACAUCUAUCACUGCGCCAAGCUGGCUGCAGGGGCCACACUGCAACUUGUAGACAGUGUUAUGACGGGGAAGGUGAGGAAUGGCAUGGCUCUGGUCAGACCUCCAGGACACCACAGUAUGCGCAGUGCUGCCAACGGAUUCUGUGUGUUCAAUAAUGUGGCCAUAGCAGCUCGAUAUGCAAAGCAAAAAUAUGGGAUCAAAAGGGUUUUGAUAGUUGACUGGGACGUGCAUCACGGUCAAGGGGUGCAGUACUUUUUUGAGGAUGAUCCCAGCGUGCUCUACUUCUCAUGGCACCGCUAUGAGCAUCAGAAAUUCUGGCCUCAACUUCGAGAAUCAGACUACGACAUUGUCGGCAAAGACAAAGGCGCAGGAUUCAAUAUAAAUGUACCGUGGAACAAGGUGGGAAUGAAGAACAGUGACUACCUGUCAGUCUUCUGUCACGUCCUUCUGCCAGUCGCGUACGAGUUUUGCCCAGACUUGGUCCUGGUGUGUGCAGGCUUUGACUCAGCCAUCGGUGACCCAGAGGGGGAAAUGUGUGCCAGCCCAGACAUCUUUGCUCACCUCACUCACCUGCUGAUGAACCUCGCAGGAGGGAAACUGUGUGCUGUGCUGGAGGGAGGAUACAACCUGACUUCCCUCCCGCAGUCUGUGUGUCAAACGGUUCAGACUUUGCUCGGAGAUCCUGCACCCCCACCUGCAAACCUUGAUGGUCCCUGUGAGAGUGCCCUUGAAUCCCUUCACUGUGUCCGGUCAGCUCAUAAGCAGUACUGGUCGUGCCUCAAACAUGCAGCUGAUCUACCCACCUCUGAUAUCAGCACAAAGCGCAUUAAAUUAGCAGAAGAAGAAGAACAGUCGGAGAAGGGAGAGGAGACAAGUGCGCAGGAAAAGGUGUGGCCAGAGCCUCCCAAACGUGUCAGUCCUCCUAUCCGCACUGCUGUCGUCCUCCCUAACGGUGUGGCCUGUCCGGACGGAUGUGAACGCUUCAGCUCAUCAGAGGAUCCCGACCCGCUCAUAGUCAGCAAACUCAGGGAGAAUUUCGCUGAAGAUGGAGAUGAUGCUCUCACAACCCUCUCCAGUCUUACUGCCCUCGUAGAGAAAAUGGAGAAGAAUGAGAUCUGCAGUGGCUUGGCGCUGGUCCGGGAUGUCUCCAUGGCGAUGAUGUGUGUUGUCCAGCAUGCUGCAACGGCUCUCAGCAGACGGGUUUUGAUCGUGUGCGUUGGAGACGUGGUCGUCCCGACUCCCAGCACAGAGGACGGGAAAACACUGGUGGUGCAGCUCAGCAACAAGGUGUCAGAGGAACAGAAAUGCAAAUAUUACAUUCCUGUGUGUCUGAAGGAGGGCUGCAGGGAUGUGUCAGGGUUGACACAAGCUGUGCUGGGCCUCCUUCUGCCUCUGGGAUACGAAUAUAACCCCAGUCUGGUUCUGCUGGUUCGGAUGCCAGGUAGUGGGCUGUGUGACAGUGUGUGGCAACAGCUAACAGGCCUGCUGCAGGGGCUGGCACAGGGACACACACUGGUUCUCAUCCAGGAAGGUGAGAAGGCUUGCGUUGCCCCCACAGCCUCCUCUCUCCUCGGGGAUGCUGCCCCUUCUCUGGGUCAGCUUCAGGCUCCUCUACCAGAGGACGUGGAGGCGCUGGAGAGGCUAAGGCUCAGACUCCAGGCAGACUGGAAGCUACUGCAAACUACAGCACCAGGAACUGGAAGCGGUGGUGAGCACUGAAGCCGAUCCUGCUCUUUUUUUUAAUAACAAAAUCAUAAAUCAUAGUCUUGAUAAAAUUUUGUAUUAUUAGGUUAUAUUGUCCAGACGGGGAAUCAAUCAAACACAUUGUGCCCUAAAUAAACUGUAUUUUUGAUGAACUCUGAUAAUUCCAACUCUUAUUUUUGUGUUGUUUUGUUAUUUGUUACUACAAGAGCUCGGGGAACACUUUGUAGGAACGUUGUAAGUAAACACAGUUUGUUUGCAAAUGAUUGCUUCUGUUUUUAUUUACGUUU